AUGAACAGAACUGUGCAUCUUGUUCGAGCUGCUCGCCGUCACUUGCUAGAUCCAUUACACUCUCAUUCUCCUGUUACGCCUGAUCGAUCAGUAAGAUGCUUUGCCACUGCCUCUGGUUCUAUUAAUCCUGGUACUCUUGGACCCUUUCAAGUCUUCGAUCGUCAUGCGAAGCGUUUGCAGAAGGACAGAGCUGCAAGGGCCGAUAAUGGCGAUCAAAGCCGACUGGUCGAUUAUGUCCGCAAUGAGGUGGCCGAUGUUAUGAUUGAAAGGCUCCAGGACAUAAAACGGCGCUUUGAGAAUGUGAUUGAUCUUGGUUCUGGACCAGGCCAUCUCACCAAGAUGCUCGAUAGGGAGAUGGCCCCCAGAGUGACCAUGAUUGACUUGAGUCACCACACACUGCAUCGAGAUCCAAAAAGUGAAUUCGAAGUGGACGUUGAUCGACAUCAAAUGGAUGAAGAAGGCCUUUUAGCAGCUAUUCCCGCAAAUUCCCAGGAUGCUGUCAUUUCUUGCCUAAGCCUGCAUUGGAUCAAUGACCUUCCCGGAAUGCUUGUGCAGAUCAAGGAGGUGUUGAAACCGGACGGCGUUUUUCUAGGUGCCUUAUUCGGUGGAGAUUCUCUUUUCGAGCUUCGCUCAUCGCUGCAAGUCGCAGAAGUGGAGCGAGAAGGGGGUAUAUCUCCCAGAGUAUCACCUAUGACACAAACCCAGGAUAUGUCGAACUUGAUGGGGCGCGCUGGCUUCUCGUUAUUGACAGUGGACAUUGAUGAGGUGAAAAUAUCAUACCCCAGUAUGUGGGAGUUAUUAGAAGAUCUCAAGGCGAUGGGAGAGGGCAAUGCUGUCAUAGGACGUCGGCAUUAUAUUCCAAGAGAUACGUUGAUCGCGGCAUCCGCUAUCUACGAAGCAUUGCAUGGCGCGGAGGAUGGGACAGUUCCCGCGACCUUCCAGGUUAUUUAUGUGAUUGGCUGGAAACCAUCUCCGACCCAGCCCAAGUCAUUAGAGCGAGGAUCCGGACAAACGAACUUGCGCGACGUGCUAUGAAUAUUGACAUAUUUUGAUGCUCUAAGUGCCUCCGGUGUUCUCUGUGGCUGCCAGCGCUUCUUCUGACAGUGCAACAUCUUCCGGAUCCUCUUCAGAACCUUCAUCAACAUAAUCUGAACCUUGUAGACCGGUAUCGUCUUCGGCCGCCUCUGCUGCAUCUGUCCUCUCCUUCCCCUGAAAUUUUCUUUUCGGUAUCUGUUUCCAGAACGCUUCCCUCCAGUUUCGAUUCUCCAACCACAUCAACAUAAUAUCAACCACUUGAUUCACAGUCAAGACCUUCCGCGUAGGAAGCUCACUGAGAAACGUGCCGAUAGGUAAUCGCGCCGCGCGGAUGCCUUGCUCCAUAGCCUUGUCACGGCAUAGAUUCUUGUAACGAUUGCGGUCCACGAUACCUCCAAUAAUGUACGUCUCUCCCUCUUUCAACUCAGAAAUCUCCUCGUCACCGUCCGCCGUCAAGUAUACAAUCGACUCCUUUGCUACCUUCAGCAGGGGUGCCUCCGGUUUGGCUGGCGGCUCGUCGGCGCUCUCUCCCUGGGCAUCAUCUGGCUCCUUCCACAGAUGUUCAUACCCAUCUGCCCACCAGUCGACCCCUCUCCACUUCUUGUGUGUCCCAUGAAAACCAUCCUCCAUCCUCUUCUCGGUCUGGCCGUUCAGGGAUGCGAAGGCUAGAUGAGCGAACGUCGUUGGAGCCUUGCGGUUAGCACCGUACGUAUAGCUCAUCUGACUGCACAACGACAUAACUUCCUUCUCUGUCAUCUUGUCAUCGAACCCGAGGUCAAUGACCACGGUCGCGUUGAAUUUCGUCUGUUGUAAGGGGGCAGGUCUAGGUCGCUUCCUCGGCGGUUCCGGUGGCUCUCCAUUGGCAAUGGCUUCUUCUCUCUUUCUUUUCUUCUCCGCCUUCUUCUCUUUAUCCUUCAACUUGCGGGCAACCUUGAGAGCAGCCUGCUUUUCGACCCUGCGCAGGCGUCGUUGGGCGUUCUUUGACAAAUGCGGUUCUGACGCUACAGCUGAGGCUUCAGACGGUGCCCCCUGUACGAUGUGGGUUGCAGCACUAUUUGGCGCUGGCAGCGCGGCGGUUUCUUCAAGGACGUCUGGAAG